ACAAAAAAGUGAAAAGAGUAGAUUAAUAAGAUAUUCUUAUCAUUAAGUUACUGAUACAUGACUCAUGUAUGGUUAGUAGUGAAGAUAGAAACGUGACGACCGCUACUGAAAUUCAAUAAUACUGUGUAUCACUAGUUAUUAAACCCAAGCUAACCUAAAAAACCCACCUAUUAGUAACAAAUAAAAAUUUAUAUUGUUGUAUAUCGGUUUAUGCGGCUGUGUGUUUCUUUUGCUGUACUGCCGUUGUACGUGCUACACCCUCGAUUAUCAAGGCUUAGCCUAUUCACUGUCUGGAAAAUCUCGUGGGCUAAUUCAAUAAAACAUUGAGUAGAAAAGUAAAUAUUAAUUCAACCAGUGAAAUUUGAACGUGUAAAUUACCUACUGUUAAGAAGACGUUUCAUCUUACAAUAUUGAUUGGUUGACAUUUAUCUCAGGUAAUAUUUUAAACAAUGAAUUAAAUUUAAAUAAUUAAACAAUAUGAAGUUUAUUCUUCUAUUCAAUAGUCACUAUUAUAUUUAAACUUAGGGCAAUUAUUUUUUCAAUUUCAAAAAAUACACUUACAGUGACCAUCUAAGAUAUGAUUGAAGUUUUUUUCUCCCGUCCCUUCAAAUAACUGUUAUUUAAAACCACUGACAUUCAAUUUACGUUAAUACAAUAUAACCUAAUCGAUUGGAGUUAGGCAUCGGGGUAGAAAAAAAAUUUAUAGAAAAUCGCCGCAUACAUAUAUUUACCAUGUGACUGACGAAUGGUCUGUAGUUAAAUUUUCAAUUUUCUCUCUUUCCGUUAAGCUACGGCCAGAGGUCGUAAAGAGGCGGUUCAGAAGUGUGCGUUUGUGAUCUCGGUAAAAUUGGGGCCCAGUCCAAAAUGUGAUCUGUCGUUAAAUAGUUAGUCCAAUGUGUGAUCUAUCGAUAAAUGGCUGGUCCAAUGUGUAAUUGUUUAUGUAUGCUGCGUAGAAUAGUAAUGUACUUAAUAUAAUGUUGCUUGUAAUAUUCAUACUGCAAAAGUAUUUUUAAAUCUGAUUAAAAAUCAUGAAAUAAUUGAGUUUGAAUCGGGUGGCAUGAUCGCCACCAUUCUUCUUUAAGUUAACGGUCUUAUAGUGGAUAUGCACCAUUAACAUUUUUUAUUAAACUUGGACUCCCACAAUGACUCUAUUGUUUGAGUGUGAGCUCCAGUAUUUGGAUCCACAACAUUUUCAGUACGAUUUACAAUUUAAUGAAUAAAUCCAUGGUCCUUCAGAGAACUAUAUGCUCACCACUGAUCGCUGUGAAUCGUACCAAUUUCUACCUCUCUUUCUAUCAUUGGUAAGAGCGUUUGUCAAUCCCUCUUUUCUACAAUGAAAAUCAACGUUCAGUUUUGUUGUCAUUAUUACAACACAAACCAAAUACCCGUUUCAUAAAAAUUUAAAAAUUUCGUAAUUUCAUUGGUUAUUUUCUACCGGAGUUUCAUUUGAGGUUUUGUCGUUAUCUUCAUGUGGUCAUGGGUUAUAAUCACCACGUUGUAACCGAACCCGUUUAUAUUUUAAAUUUUAAAUAUACCGUUGAAAACACAAAAUCCUACUGAAUAAUCGUACAUGUGAAUUAAAAUAGUGUGGUUAAAUCAGUUUGAAUGAUAUAGCAAGUAACAUAUAAAGUUUGUCAAUCACAGUCCUUAGGGUUGUGUUAUAGUUGUAAAUUAUGAUAGUGAAUCUUAAGUCUCUAUUAAAAUGUUUAAUAUAUUUACAGGUUAAGCGUCACGUAGGGCCGACUGACCGUACAUACUACUUUUCAAAAUGUUUCUUUUAGACACCAUACACGGUGAUGAAAACAGUUUAGUACAGUAUAAGUACUGGUAAGGCUUGAAAACCCUCUACAAGUCACACCGUCGGGUCAACAAGCCCUACGUGCCACUAAAUUCAUAAUUUUACAUUGAAUACAUUUUCUGUACUGGCGCUUAACCUGUUAAAUAGAAUUACACGGAAAUUAUUAACAAUUGAAAGUAUAAUAUAUAAUAAAACAAAAUAAAAGUAAUGCUUAAUACUGUCCACACAGAUCACAAUAAAUUAAUAAUUUUCCCCGUGUACGUUGGUAUUGUUUUAAUAGUUAUCAAUACAAUUUAAAUAUUUUUAAGAAACAAAUAACGUUUAGUUCUGAAGUAGUUUUUUGGAAAUAUUUUGAGGUUUGUAUAAUUAAGUUGAUGAAAAAAGUCGCUCAAAUUUUUUUUUAAGUUAUGACCUAAACGCUCGAUUUUUCCAAAAAUCGUGUUAUUAAGUUUAAAAUGCCAACAAUUUAAAAAUGUGGACAUUUUUUGUUAUAAAUACUAGUAUUUUUAUACUCAAAAUUUUGGUGGAAUUUACCUAUGGUAUUUGAUUUUUAUGUUAUUAUUAACAAACUUUGUAAGUCUAAAAAGUCAAUUUUGAAUUACUUUAAUAUGUUAAUGUUUGAAAUAACUUUAUUAAGUUUUAUGUGGUUUAUUAAGAAUAAUAAUAUCAUAAGUACUAUCAUAUUAAAUACACUAAAACGUACAUUUUUUAAAACAAAAAUUCAAAAAAUAUCACUUGGGAGUUAAACUGCAUUCAUGCUAUAGUUUGUCAUUUAUCUCUAUUUAAUCCAUAGAUUUAAUAAAAAAAAAAAAAACAUUUUUUUUUAUUUUAAUUAUUUAAACUAUUGUUAUACAUCCGUGCAAUCUGUUAUUACUAUUUUACUUAUAAUAGUGUUAUUUGAUAAUAAUAAUAAUUAUUUAUUUAUAGUAAAUAAAAUGUACUUAAUUUCUUGUUUUGAAGGUGUAGUAGUUCUUGGAAAUACUCUAGGAUUGACUUUUUAUUGACAGUCAUACAGUACUAAUCAUGGUAAGUUGACUUUAAAAUGUAUAAAUUCUUCAGUAUUUAGAUUUAACCUGCACUAAUAUUAUACACACAUUUCACAGCACAUCUGAAAAAUUAAAAAUUAUUUUAUAGUUAAACAUAACUAACAUUUUCAAUUUAAAUUCAGUAAAUAAUGUUUAAUUCUAUUCAGAAUCGUAUUAUGUUAACAAUGAUUUAUCAAUACAUUCAAGGUUUUAACUAAAUUACCUUAUGUGUUCUUUUAAAUAUAUCACUUUUUUUUAAAAAAAUAACUUACUUAAAAGUCAGUUUUUUUUUUGUUUUUUAUUAUACUGUGUGGUAGAUAAAUAAUAUUUACAAAAAUUGACAUAGAAAUUCUUGUUUCAAUAAUUAAAUGACAUUAUAUUAGAAUAGUACUAAAUAUAUUUUUUUAUUUGUUAAGGAAUUACAAGAACCAGAACCUUCUACGGUAUUUUAUAAAUAUCCUAAAUUUAAAUACUAUGGCUGGGAAACAAUUUAUGUUGAACAUCAAAAGCAAUAUCUGAAGCUCAUUGAUAAAUAUCCUGAUGUGAACCGUUUAUACUUACUUAUGUAUCUUGAUUUUUAUAAAUUUGAUUUGGUGUUAACUGAUCUCAGAAUGGCUAAGCAGUACCACAAAGAAGAUGAGGAAGAAUUACAGAUAAUAGAUGUUUUAAAAAAAUCACUUAAAAAAGCCGAUCCUGUUUUUUUGGAAUUAGCUGGAGAGUGGUUCAAACAUGAAUCUCCUAAUGCCCUAAAAGAAUUUAUUGAAUCAAUUCUUACCGGAAAAAAAUCUAAAUAUCCAAAAUUAAGUACUUACAACGAUAACAUAGAGACUUUAAAUCUUUUAAAGAGUUUGACAAUAAACUUUGAAACUACUCAGUUUCUUAAAAUUUGCCCUGAUCCAAUGGAUUAUAUUUUAAAGGCGAAAACUCAUUUAUGUUAUAAAUUUAAUGGCGAUAAAUUGACUUACUUGUAUGAUAAGUGAGUUUUAUUGUAUAGCAUUUUGAAAUAUAUUUUAUGGGACAUUUUUUUUUUUUUUUUUUAUUAGAUUUUAUCGACUACCAGUUCCACUAAUCCAAGCUGAAUUCUUUGUCAAACACUUUCAUUUAUUGGAAACUGUUGAUGCAUUAGAAGACAUGAUGCUAGAUGAGGAAAAGUAUCCAGAAUCAUCUGAAAAUGCGAGAUCUCAAUUGGCUAGUGGAAUGAUGAUUUAUCUUAGUGGAAUGGAUGAUAUAGAUUUGUUGAAAGAAGUACUUAUAAUAUACUAAUUACUUUAUUAUAAUAUAUUUAUUCAUAAAAUUCAUUGUAUCAUAGAUUGCAUUUGUUGAAAAUAAAGAAGCUGUAGAAUACCAUAUGAGCACUGAAGCCUCUAUGCGAUUAAUUGAACUUGAGGAAGUAAAUAUAUAUAAUUUAGUAUUUAUUUUAACUAAUAAGUAUUUUUAAAAUAUAUACUUGUAUACUUAAUAUCAAAUAUCUGAUUAAUAUUAUUUGUUUUAUCUAUAAUAUUCACUUACUUAUUGUAUAAACGGUAUUAUGUAUACAGGCGAAGAUGGCUAAUUUAAUAUAUAUUUGUGAAUGUUGUUACGAAACAGAAUUGCUGAUUUCUGAAGUUUAUUGUUGUCCAAAGGGUCAUUCAUUCUGUUUGAAAUGCAUUGAAACGUAAUUUUUAAAAUAUUUAUAUAAUAAAAUACAAUAAAGUUUUAUUGUACUUUAUAAUGUUUUAAUUUCAUCAAAUAUCAAUUUUAUUUCAGGAUUGUAGAAUCUCAGGUUACUCUUAAAAAACUAGAAAUUAAGUGCUUGACUGAGUGUACUGAAAAUUUAAAUUUGGAAAUGAUAAAAGUGAGUUUCCUUUAUCACUUAAUCACUGAUUUAUACAUAAAUUUAAAACUAAAAUUAUUGUAUUUUUAGAAUAUUGUUAAUGACAAAUUAUGUGAACGUAUAGUAAGUUUAGAGCAAACAAAAGAGAUCGAUGCAGCCAAUAUUGAAAACCUUGAAUCUUGUACAUUUUGUAAUUUUGUUGCCAGUGUACCUCAGGAUCUCAAAGUCUUUACUUGCUUAAAUCCAAAAUGUGGUAAAGAACUCUGUAGGUCAGUAUAUAUUUUUAUAGCUAUAUUUAAAGAUUAAACUUUCAAAAUGUAAUGGAAAUUUUGAAAUUAUCAAUUUUUUAUAUACUACAAUGGAAUUGAUUGUAUUAUAAUAAUAUCAAAAGUAUUAAUUUUUUUCAGAAUUUGUUUUAUAGAACAUAUAAGAAACAACAAUUAUUUAUUAUCUAAAAUGUAUUGAUGUAAAAUAUUAUUUUUCUAUAUUUCAUUAUGUAUGUAUAAUAAUUCUUCUAAAUCUGAAUUAAUGUAAAUGCUAUUUUGGGUAUAUAAUAUGUCUAAGUCUAUAUUAAUAUUAAAACUUAUAUUAUCCUUUUUUUCUUAAACAUGUUUAGCGAAAUUUGAUGAAUUAAGCACAGUCUUUUUAAAUUUUAUUUCAGAAAUGUUUUCUUUAUAUCCUAUUUUAAAGUAUAAAUACUAAAUAAUCUAUAUAUAUUUUUAAAAACCAAAUACAAGUAUCACUGAUCACUAUUUCUCAAAAACUACACAACAUACAAACUUGAUAUUUGGAAUAGUAGUUCUCUAAUACUCUUAAUGUGCAAUUAGAAAGGAUUUUAAAAAAUAUUGUGUUUAUGUAGAUAAUAAUAAUAAUAAUAAUUCAUUGCCAGUAAGUAUUAACAAUCAGGUUAUUUAUUCUUAAAAUAUAUGGCAAAUUCGCACAUAAAAACAUAUAAAAUUAAUAUUUAUUUAUUUUUGUUGAUUACCAUAGUAUCUCAUGAAAUAAAAACAAAUUUUUUUAUACAUAAGUUUUUACAAAAUAUAUAAAAUAUUUUUGAUCUCAUUGAAAAAUUAAUAUUGAGCCAGGUUAUAAAAUAAUUUCUCUUGGUGUAAAAAAUAUAUAUGUUCAUCCAUUCCUAGGCAUAAACAACAGUAAUUUUUUAUAAAAUAAAUUCAAUACCUAUGAAGUACAAGAAUUAUUAAAAAUAAUUUCCGAAAAAUCUAGUUAUUUUAUAAUAACGAAUAUUAUAAAUGUAUUAUUUUUGAAUAGAUAAUAAUCUUUUAUUUUUUAAUGUUGAAGUUUCUUUUUAAAUAUUAAACAAACAUAUUAAUAAUGUAUGAAUGUGACUCGUAAAAUUGACCUUUUAUAACAACCUGGUCUUUUACUUUGUGUACUCAAAGAAUAGAUCUUGUUCUUCUAUUGGAUUAUUGUCAUAAUAUCAUAUGAGCAUUAAUAUUUUGAACAUAAACUUAUCUAUGUACCAUCAUUUUUCUUUUCUUUUUAGAUCAUGUAAGAAAGAAAAUCAUCUUCCCUUAUCAUGUUAUGAAAACAUACAAACACCAGAAGUUGUAAUUAGAACUAGGAUUGAAAACAAAAUGUCUGAAGUACUCAUCAGGUAACCAGGCUACCAACUAUUGAUUUUUUUUUUUAAAAUUUGCAAAUCACAGUUUUCUGUCUAUCAUUUAUUUGAUUUUUUUUUUUUUUAAAUCUAAACAGAAAUUGUCCAGUUUGUAAAAACAGGUUUCUAAAGGAUUCAGGCUGUAAUAAAAUAGUGUGUCCAUGUGGAACUUCUAUUUGUUAUAUUUGUAAGAAGAUUAUCACUCCUAUUUAUGAACAUUUUUAUCAUAAUAGAAUAAUGCCCAAUAAGUUAGUGGUAUACAUGUUGAUUAAUUUUUUAAAAUUUUAAAAAAUGAAUUUAUAAUAUGAUGCAUAACUUAUUUAUUAGGUGCCCAUUAUUUACUGAUGAAAAUGUAGUACAUGUUGCUGUGGUUGAAGCUGCAGCCAGAUUAAUAAUAGAUGAAAUGAGAGUGACUAACCCUAAUUUGUUAAUCAGAGUAAAUAUGAAUAAACUUUUACCAAAAAUAAAACCACCACAGCCAAGAAGACGAGGGGAUGAAAUAUCUGUUUCAAUUGAUAAUGAAGUUAUUGCAAAAAUUCUUGGCGAAAAUGUUCAAAAAAUAAAUAGUCUUAAAGAUAUGAGUAAGUUAUUUUUAAAAAAUAAAUAUAUUCUAUAGUGAUAUGUAAUUAAUUUUUAUUCUCCAGGAACACUUGAAUCAACAUCAAAUCAAUAAGGCUGAAUUAAGCUACAAAUUAACAUCGAAAGAAAAGAAGUCAAUAUUUUUGCUUAUGUAUAUAUUGUACAUACUUUAAUGUUUUAAUUUUUUCCUAAAAUUGGGUCUUUAUUGUAGUGUGAUUAGGUUCUGGGAUGAGCUAAAAUAAUUAUAGUUUUACUGUUUUUUUAGUCCAAAAAUCUUUAAAUCUUUAAAUUAAUCGUAAUUAAUUUUUGUUCUCCAGGAACACUUGAAUCAGCAUCAAAUCAAUAAGGCUGAAUUAAGCUACAAAUUAACAUCGAAAGAAAAGAAGUCAAUAUUUUUGCUUAUGUAUGUAUUGUACAUACUUUAAUGUUUUAGAUUAGUCCCAGUUAGAUUUUUAAUGUUUUAAUUUUUUCCUAAAAUUGGGUCUUUAUUGUAGUGUGAUUAGGUUCUGNCAACAUCAAAUCAAUAAGGCUGAAUUAAGCUACAAAUUAACAUCGAAAGAAAAGAAGUCAAUAUUUUUGCUUAUGUAUAUAUUGUACAUACUUUAAUGUUUUGGAUUAGUCCCAGUUAGAUUUUUAAUGUUUUAAUUUUUUCCUAAAAUUGGGUCUUUAUUGUAGUGUGAUUAGGUUCUGGGAUUUAUUGUAGUGUGAUUAGGUUCUGGGAUGAGCUAAAAUAAUUAUAGUUUUACUGUUUUUUUAGUUAUUAUAUUGUUGUUUCAUUCCAGUAUUUUGAAGGAAGUAGGUAGUACACAUUGGUUUCCUCAUCUAUUCUUUUCAGUUUUUUUUUUUUUUUAAGUUUUUGGGUUUUGUGAACAAUUGGUUAAAUGAUCUUUCAUGUUCAAAUGAUGUCAUUGUCCAUGGAGUCUCUUUUAAUGCCUUCCCCUUCGGCUCCCCCACCAAAAAAAAAAAAAAAAACAUAAUUUCCUCUAUAAUUUUAAGUUAAGAUUAGUUUAAAUAAGAUAAUCAAAUUAUCUUAUCAAUUAUUUUAAUAUUUAAGGAUAAACAUUAAUUUUAAUAUGUAAUAUAAAAAUACUUUGAUAAUUAUUAUUAUCCUUUAUUAAUACCAAUGUUAGAUAAAAAAAAAAAAAAGCAGUGAUUGAUUUAAAAUCAUACUUUAUAGGAUACUCUUAUUUAAUUAAAUUAGUAACUCGUAAUUUAAAAGAAUGCUAGUUUUUAACUUGUAUUUUGUGUUACUAAAAUAUUAAUUUUAUUAUUAAACCUAUGCCAUUUCGCAUUCUUCUUGUGUAGUAAUUUUUGUUUGAUGUUGAAAAAAUCACAUCCAAUUCAUUCAUUUAUAUUUUUUAUUUUUAUAUGCAUAUUUUGUAUUUAUAUGUUUAUUUACUUUAUUAAUUUACGAAUUUGAAUCAUUUUGAUAAUUAUGUUUUUACUUUAUUAUUUUAUUAGACAUAUUUUGAUGUUCAGUACAAUUAUUUGCUAAUCGAAAGAAAAAAAAAACAAACCAAAAGUUUCUAGAUAUAAGUUUACAUAGUUAUUAUAUUAAUAAAUAUUUGAAUAACUAAUCUUUUUACUCAAAAUUUAAAUGUAUUCACCUUUAAUAGGCUGAAAUUUAGUCCAAAAAUCUUAAUAAUCAAAGUAA